UAAAUAAGAGCGAGCGCACACUAUAAAAACUGACAUAUGCUGCGUUCUCGAUUUGGUCGCUGGAUACAUCGAUGCCAUGCUUCACACACAUCCAUAAACGACACAACACUGACUGGGCUUUAAAACCAAGGGCUGAAACUAAAAUAUGUUUUUCUACACUAAAUAAAUUAUUACGAACAUAUAAGAAAGUACUCUAAGGGUACCUUAUGAAAAAAACACGAAUCGCAUCAUAAUAUUUAAAAUGACCGAAGUAGAUGUCUUCAUCACUAAUUACACCCUUGUGGAUCCGGAAAUUUACCAGUUGUGGAUUGAAGGGCAUUCAGCCAGUGAAGCUGUAGCAAUUCUUGAUAAAAAAGGUCUCGGUAAACAAACUGGAGCUUCCUUAGAACUUAUUGCUAGCGAUGUUUUGGACCACUAUCGCACUUAUUCUUUAUUGGAAAAGCUAUUGAGUAAUCCAAACAAACUUCAAGAACAACUUGCUUUUCAAAUUGAACCAGAAACCAGGCAGUUACUGAUAGAGAAAUACUAUGAGUUUGAUGAUGUAGUCGUUAAAGAAUUACUAGGGAAAAAAUUGAGUUCUAAAAAUAGAAAAGACUUGGAUGAGGUGUCAGAGAAAACUGGGAAACCUUUGAAGUCAUGCAGGAGGCAAUUUGACAACAUAAAAAGAGUCUUUAAGACAGUUGAUGAAAUUCCAGGUUCAAUAGUUGAGAAUAUCAAGAGCUCAUUUUAUUUGCCUGACAAAUUAGCCAGAGAUUAUGCCAGUAUAGUAUUUUUGGCCUCCAUAAGAUUUGAAACAUCCAAAAAGAAACUAAGCACUAUGACAUUUUCUGCAUGGAAAAGGUGUUGUGAAGUAAUUAUGGCCCAUUGGACCUACAAAUUAACUGGUCCAGAAAGCUAUGACACUGAAAUGGAUAAAGAAUUUUUGCUCGAAUUAAGAGAGUUAAAAGUGUUGUUGGAUAGAGAAAAGGAGCAUAAACAGCUUGUCUCUGUCAUCCUUAAACCCAAACUUCUCCAAAAAAGCUAUGCAGAGUUAGACAGUAACUUCAGAAAAUACACUGCUGCCAUAAUCACUUUAGGUGCAACCCUACACCGAUCCAGAGACAUGAGAAAUCUAUUUAUGGACUUUUCACAGAUUUUGGACCUGUUUAGAACUGGCAACUGGACUUCACAUGACUUGCAACAGUUUUUUAAUGCUUACACCUUGGCUGGUACAGAAUUAGAUAUUAUGAGGAGUGAUGCAGACCUAAAAAGUAGCUGGGAAAAAUUUAUGAAGGUGGUAGGUGUUUGUAUGGUUGUAAUGUAUAUCCCACCAUAAAACACUUUUAUAAUUAGGAAUAUUAGGAUUACAAUAUAAAUAAUGUAAGUGAGAAUACCUUUGACAUAGAUUUAAGAUUUAAUCAUAAUUUAUUGUUGUGUUUUUAAUAAUAAUAUAUAUUUUGUUGUUGUGUUGUGUAAUUAAAUGUAUUUAGUUAUA